GGCCCCGACUCGCCCGACAGCCAGCCUUGGCUCGUUCAGUCUGCUGCAGACACUAGUUGAGCGCGGACGCUCGCCGCUGCCCGGUACACGCUCACGACACUGCAGCUCUCGUACUCGUCUUCGUCCUGUGCGCCGACAUGACCCCUGUAGUAGUGGUGCCCCAGUGAUACAACAAGCUAAAAGUUCUCAGUGCAUCAGUCCAGUGGAUUACUCUUCUUUGUGGAUAACCUCGCCGUCGUCGCCAUGGUUACCAGCGGAGCCAGCGUCGCCUCCCCGACCGGCAUGUCCCUGCCCCAGGGAAUGCCCCCGAGCCCUCUGUCGCCGUCGGAGAGCAUCCCUCAGCGGAGAUCAGCAGAGAACCGACGGAGUAACAAGCCAAUUAUGGAGAAAAGGCGUAGAGCUAGGAUCAACAACUGUUUGAACGAGCUCAAGACUCUUAUCCUGGACGCCAUGAAAAAAGACCCGGCUCGCCACUCUAAACUAGAGAAGGCCGACAUCCUGGAGAUGACCGUCAAGCAUCUGGAGAACAUGCAGCGGCAACAGGUAGCGCUCGCCACGGCCACGGACCCCACCGUGAUCAACAAGUACCGCGCCGGCUUCUCCGAGUGCGCCGGCGAGGUGGGCCGCUUCCCCGGGCUGGAGCCCGCCGUCAAGCGCCGCCUGCUGCAGCACCUGGCCGCGUGCCUGGGCAACGCCAACACCGCCCUGGCCGAGACCGGCUCCGGGGCGCAGUCGCCCCCGCCGGCCGCCAACACCCCGCCCACCACCCCGCUGCAGCUGCACCUCGUGAAGUCUGACGCCUCCCCCAACGGCACCCCGACUCUCUCGGGCGCCGUCAACAACACCAGCAACGGCAUCUUCUUCACGACGGGCUCCAACGGCGCCGGCCUCCAGCUUGUGCCGACCAGGCUGCCCAACGGAGACAUCGCCCUGGUGCUGCCGUCGUCCCGUGCCGGUCAGCUGGGCCAGGUCGUCGCCGAGCAGCAGGCCGAGGCUGUCGUCAAGGCGUCCCCGCCCCCCUCGCCGGCCCCUGCCACCUCACCCUCGCCGCUGCCCAUGCUCAUCCCCAUCCCGCAGAGGACCGCGUCCACGGCCUCCGCCACCUCCUCGGCGUCGGCCUCCUCCUUUGCGUCGACCACGUCGACCUCGCCCACCUCCUACGACCACCUGAGCGUGCACUCGCCACCGCAGACCCAGCCGCACAACCUCAGCACCAUGCACACCCUGCACCGAGAUGCGGCCACCUCCCCAGCCGGCUCCCCGGAGCUGCCCAUCGCCUACCCUCCAUCCCCCCUGUCCAACUCGUCCAACUCGUGCGGGUACGAAAUCCACUCGUAUACCCACGAAGAGCACAAGCCUCUCGCGCUUGUGACCAACAGGAAGAAGUACGAGAUGAUGGAGGUGGAGGAGGAGCCCUGGAGGCCCUGGUGAUCUGCCUGCCUGUCGGGCUGCUGUUAUUGUUCCUGUUUCCGCCCGUGUUGGCACCACUGCUCGGCCCCCAGGGGGCCUUGCUUCGUACUGAAGUGUGCCGCGCGCCGGGGGAAAGAAAUCCAAGACUUGUUGCUCAGGCUCUUAUAUGUAUGUUAAUGUAUUGACUGUGAUCUCAUAUUAGCGGAAAUUGAACAUCCCACAUGCCAUUUUGUACUUAUGUGACCUGCUAUGAUGAUGGGGUUUUAAGAUGAUGUUAUGUUUCUUCUUUGUGUACCUACGUAUCGUCACUUGCUUUUCCAUUUUUGUUGUUUUUUGAUAGGGUCUUCCCUAUGAUGUUCAAUUCACUCUAAUAUUGCUGUUUUGUUAAUUGUUCCAAAAUGUGCAAAUAUACCUUACGUUUUGUACACUGAUAAGUGAGAAUUAAGUUUAUUUUUGCAAGAGUGAUUUCUAUGGUUAGGUGAUUGAGCGCUUUAUUAUCUUUGUAUAUUUGUGAUGUAACAUAUAAAGUACAAUUUAUAGUGCCUUACAACAAAAUUCACAAAGGUCUUCCCAGUUGUACAGUGAUUCUGUUUAUUGAAGAGUUUAUUUAAAGAGUAUUGCAAUAAUGCAUUUAUUCUUGGAAAUGUUUUUUGAUUAAAGCACAUUCCAUUUAAAA